CCGUCAGGGUGGCAUCUGGGCCAACCCGGUCCGGAGCCACCCGCUGCGGGGAUCCCGGCUAGCUCUGUGGCGCCGCCGCCUCUCCCCCCUUCCUCUUCCGCGUGGACUAUUCCACGCCACAGGUGUGCGCCGGAGUCCCGCGAGGAAGAGCUCACGUAGCGCGACGAGAGGGGGGGAACGUGACCCGCGAGGCGUGGCGCCCGCCCUCUCCAGGCGGCGGAGCUGCUCCCCGGCCGGCCCGGAGCGGCUCCUCCUUCCUGCGGCGAAGGGGCCGUGCUCCUCUCCUGCGCCGUCCACACAGCCCCGCGCUCUCUCCCUGCCCUUUCCUCAGUGAUUCCCCCCACCCCCGUGGUCCCACCCGCCUCGGGCUGGCGCCGAGAGGAGGGGGCGGGGUCGAGGCGUGGCGCGCUUGAGGCGGCGGGGAGCGGUGGGUUCGCGCAGCCGCUGCUACCUCCCGCUCCCUCAGCCCUCUCUCCACUCGCCCGCCGCCACGGGCGCGCCGCCCGCCGCGGCGGGGGGGAUGCCGACGCAGCGGGACAGCAGCGGCAACAGCACCAUGUCGGCUCCGGGCGGCGGAGGGGGCAGUCUCGGCGGGGACAGCGCCCACCAGGUCCGAGUGAAAGCCUACUACAAGGGGGACAUCAUGAUAACAUAUUUUGAACCUUCCAUCUCAUUCGAGGGACUGUGCAAUGAAGUUCGAGACAUGUGCUCCUUUGACAAUGAACAGCUUUUCACCAUGAAAUGGAUUGAUGAGGAAGGAGAUCCAUGUACAGUUUCUUCUCAGCUGGAGUUAGAAGAGGCCUUUCGGUUGUAUGAACUAAACAAGGAUUCAGAGCUUCUAAUUCAUGUAUUUCCGUGUGUACCAGAGCGGCCUGGUAUGCCUUGUCCAGGAGAAGACAAAUCCAUUUAUCGCCGAGGCGCCCGCCGGUGGCGAAAGCUCUAUUGUGCAAAUGGUCACACUUUCCAAGCCAAACGAUUUAACAGGAGAGCUCACUGUGCCAUCUGCUCUGACCGAAUAUGGGGUCUAGGUCGCCAGGGAUAUAAAUGCAUCAACUGCAAACUCCUUGUUCACAAGAAGUGUCACAAACUUGUCAAUAGCGAAUGUGGCCGUCAUACGCUACAACCAGAACCAAUAAUGCCUAUGGAUCCAUCAUCAGUGCAUCCGGAUAAUAUAGAAUCAGUGAUUCCAUACAAUCCCUCAAGUCAUGAGAGCUUGGACCACGUUGGUGAAGAAAAAGAGGCCAUGAGCAUUAGAGAAAGUGGCAAAGGUUCCUCCAGUCUGGGUCUUCAGGAUUUUGAUUUGCUCCGAGUUAUAGGAAGAGGCAGCUAUGCUAAAGUGCUGCUCGUUCGAUUGAAGAAAACAGAACGCAUUUAUGCAAUGAAAGUGGUGAAGAAAGAGCUCGUCAAUGAUGAUGAGGAUAUUGAUUGGGUUCAGACAGAGAAACAUGUCUUUGAACAGGCUUCAAAUCAUCCCUUUCUUGUUGGAUUACACUCUUGCUUCCAGACAGAAAGCAGGUUGUUCUUUGUUAUAGAGUAUGUAAAUGGAGGAGAUCUAAUGUUUCAUAUGCAGAGGCAGAGGAAGCUGCCCGAGGAGCAUGCCAGGUUUUAUUCUGCUGAAAUCAGUCUAGCAUUGAACUACUUGCAUGAACGAGGGAUAAUCUACAGAGAUUUAAAACUAGAUAAUGUGCUACUAGAUUCUGAAGGGCACAUUAAACUCACAGAUUACGGCAUGUGCAAGGAGGGUCUGAGGCCUGGUGACACAACCAGCACAUUCUGUGGGACUCCAAACUAUAUUGCACCUGAAAUUCUCCGGGGAGAGGACUAUGGCUUCAGUGUAGACUGGUGGGCACUCGGGGUACUCAUGUUUGAGAUGAUGGCAGGCCGCUCACCCUUUGAUAUUGUUGGGAGUUCUGACAAUCCAGAUCAGAACACAGAAGAUUACCUUUUCCAAGUCAUUUUGGAAAAACAGAUCCGGAUUCCCCGAUCCCUCUCUGUUAAAGCAGCAGGUGUUCUGAAGAGUUUCCUUAAUAAGGAUCCGAAGGAACGUUUAGGCUGCCAUCCUCAAACAGGAUUUGCAGACAUCCAGGGACAUCCCUUCUUUCGCAAUGUUGAUUGGGAUCUGAUGGAGCAAAAACAAGUGGUGCCUCCAUUUAAACCAAAUAUAUCUGGAGAAUUUGGUCUGGAUAACUUUGAUUCUCAAUUCACCAAUGAACCUGUGCAGCUCACUCCAGAUGAUGAUGAUAUUGUGAAGAAGAUUGACCAGUCUGAAUUUGAAGGCUUUGAAUAUAUAAAUCCUCUUUUGAUGUCAGCUGAGGAAUGUGUCUGAAUUCUCCAUUUCUGAACUGUGCCAAUUGCUACUCUGUUUCUGCAUGGAUAAAGAUCUCUUCAUUUGGAUGCACUUGCAUAAAAAGAGUAACUGAACACCACCUUAUCCUUGCCACCUAGUGUGAAUUACUAAUUUUCUUUUUGUAUAAAUUGUCACCCAGGACAGUUGUUAACACUUGGAACCUCGGGCUGCCAGACUGAAAAUACUUAAACCUUCCCUAGUCUUGCCAAACUUGAAUUUCAACCUAGAAAUUGGUCUCUGGGGCUCCUGGCUAAACAAUGGGCCUGGCUAUAUCACCUGCCAAUACAGCAUUCUGAUAAAGGAAAGUUUUCUUACAGCUUUAAGAAUAUAAAUUGCAUUAGGAGAUGUAAUAAAAUACCAUUAAAGGACUUCCAAUUUUUUCAGCAAGACAGGUAAGACCGUAUGACUUUUGUAGUUCUAAGUCUCUUCUCUCUAAACAUCUCAUUUCCCUGUUCUUCUGGACUUAGAAGUUAUUGCCCUUGAGAUUGGAAUGACAGCAAGGGGAGCAGGUUUUUAAACAGAAUAGGUCAGGAAUGGCUGCUUUCAUGGUGUGUGAUGGUCCUGUCUAAAAGGAGAUUAUUAACUUAAUGUGAAAGUCUUUGCUCUGAAAUGAUACCCCAGGAAUUGUACGCUGAUACUCAGAGUGCCUUUCUGAGGCUCUUUCAGUGAGUGUUGUACCUGGUACGUACAGGUUAAAUAAAUAGAAUUCAAUUACUACUUUAAAAAUUAAAAUCAAUAGUGUAAUUUAGCAAUAAUGGGCAGCUAAUAUUGAUGGAUGUAGAACCUCAUACUCUUAUUUAUUGCUUCUACACUGGUUGUCUUAACUCUAUCAGAACUGCACACGUUACAGCUAUGGCCUAGGUAAGGGCACUUGUUUCCUUUCUUUUUUUAAUCUUACUGCCAUACUGUUGUAAAUGUAUUCAACUUUGUCAGUGGAAAAAGCACAUCAAGGAAAAAGAUAAGUGCUGUCCACAAUGACUCCCUUAACUUUUCCACUUAGAUGUGGUUUGUAAUCACAAACAAACUUUACGUGUUGGUAGUAAAGUUAAUAGAAAAGCAAUUGGAGUAAAUUGAAAGACCAAUUCAAACUAGGACUUUUGGGAGUGUAAUUAUGACAUUUCGUGUUAGUAAACAGUGUAAUAUGCAGCACAAUUCUUAUUUUUAAUGUUUAAGGAAUAGUUUUGAAUGUCUUAGGCUCAAGAAAUGCCAAAUGUACCACUUCUGUUUCUUAAUUAUUUUAGGGAAAAGGGAUUAAGAGACAUUGAAGAAAAUCUGUUACAUGAAUUAAGAGCUGAAAGGCAAGCUAAGCAUUACUGAAGGUAGAUCUGUAAGCACAAGUUAGCAAACAUUAUCUGAAGCUUUUAUUAAGACUUCUGCUUGGUCAGUGUCUACUUGAAAAUCCUUGUAUGACAACACUAAAUUCAUAGCACAAAUCUUAUGAUGUAUGUUUCUUCACUUACAUGUUGGUCUCGAGGAGAAAGAUUGCACAAGUACACAGUAGUGUCAUGACACAGUGUUGAGUUCCUAUUUUCUUUGCAACAUAAAUAGGAAACUCUUAAAUUCUGGGAUGAGUUUUCAGAACUGGGAGGUGAUUGGAGGGGCAUUAGUUUCAGGGAAGCAUUGAACCUCCACACUGUUAAAAAUCAGGUUCCCUUAAACUCAAGUUGUGUGUUUUCAAAUGUAAAAUGUCGGAGCAAGCCUUUUUUUAAAGAGCAGCUAAUGACUUCACAUUUAGUCCAUGUCAGAUGAGCUGUAUGCAGUUGUUGUGACUGUUAGCUUCUGACUUGUACACUCACAUGACUAGUUUAGGCAUCAGGACUUAACCUCCAAAUGUAACGUUAAUUAGUUAAAGCAAACAAGAAAAGCCUUGUCUCUGUAGUGGGUUAAUUUCAUAUGGAGUAUUAAGUGAAAUGACUCUUUCUUCCUUUGUAAGGAAGGGUGUUUCUGUGAUUCAUUACAGAAGAGUAGUGGAGUAAAACACUUGUCUUUUGUGCUUAAAGCAAAAGUUAUUUUCUUUUUUAAUAAUGUCACAGAAAAGAUAUCUUUUCUAUUUAUGUAUCUAACGUUAUGAAUGUUGCUAAGUGACAAACAUCUUAAAUGACUGCAAAUCCAUUUUCAAACUUUCGUUUUUUCCAAAGUGCCAUGAUAUCAACAGUUCUUUUUUGUUGUUAAGCAUGUAGCAAUUGUCAUAUUCAGAAGGGACAGGGGGUAUAAACAAUCCCCUGCAGUAGGCUUUGUCUUUUGGAGAAAGUGUCUGCAUCAAAAGCAUGAUGUAUUUAUGUGGAGUGACCUCCUUUUUGUAUGCAAGUUGGAUUCUCAUGGGUGCUCUGCUAGUUAAUAUUGUCACUACUGUUUUCCUGGUUUGUAUGGAAUAUGGUCUUGAAUGUUGUUGUAUAAUCAUUCCCUUUAUUUGUGCACACUUUUUACUUUAAAUAAAACAUUUGUAUUAGG